GGGAGGAGGGGCUUCGAUGGGUGCUCCAUGUUGUUCCGCACGCUGCUCCGGGUCCUGCGGCAGCGGUGGCACCGCUACAAAUACCGCUUCGUGCCCUGGAUCGCACUCAACCUGAGCCAGAACCGGAGGACCUUGAGAUAUGUUCCAGAGCACUCCAAAGACAAAAUCAUUCCAGACGAAGAUGUCCUAGGAACGUUACUGAAAGUCUUUCAGGCUCUAUUUAUACGGGAUUUUGGUAGACAAACAGACAUACUUGCCUUGCUUCCAGAAGCUGUUAAAUCAAAAUAUCAGGAUUUAUUGGUUACACAUCAUCAAAGGACGGAACAGCCCAGAUGCAACGUUCAGCAACAAAAGAUCUACAAGCCAGGAGAAGUUCUCUUUAAUACACUGGGCUUCAGUAUUUCCCGAGAAACUAGUUCAUUGAUUUCUGCUGGAAAAGGUGUCUUUGUUACCAGAGGAUUUGUGCCAAAAGGAGCAGUUGUGUCUAUGUAUCCUGGUACAGUAUAUCAGAAGCAUGAGCCAAUUUUUUUCCAGUCCAUUGGUAACCCAUUCAUUUUUAGAUGCCUAGAUGGGAUGCUUAUUGAUGGAAAUGAUAAAGGAAUAUCAAAAGUUGUAUACAGGUCAUGCAAUGGGAGGGACCAGUUUGGCCCUUUUAAAAUGAGCGACUGUACAUGGUUGACAUCGGAGGUUCAAAAUCCACUGGCUGUGGGACAAUAUGUAAACAAUUGCUCCAAUGACAAAGAAGCUAACGUAUGUUAUCAGGAAUUUGAUGUGCCUGAACUUUUCCCGUUAGAAUUGAAGCAGUACCUUCCAAACAUCAUGUAUAGUCGUGAUACACAAAGGUCAGCAUCUCUCAGAACAGUGAUUUCCCGUUGCGAUGCGUGGUCCUUGUGGCACUCAGGGACAUCCAGCCAGGAGAAGAGCUUUUCUCCAACUACUACACAAUUAUCAACUGACUUGACAGUAUCAGUUUAUCUACUUAACUAUUCAUUUGGCUUAAGAGAUCUUUUCUCGGUGAAUUUCUCUGGGUUGCCUGUCGUGGAGAUUUGUUUGCCCUUUGAGAUCUAAUUAGACUGGGGAUUUUUAUCUUCAUGUAAAUAUUGCUUUUAUAUUUUGAUGUGGUGAUGGAAGCUGUUUGCUCCAGUGCCUUUUUAAAUUUGUCAAGUUAAAUUGUUUUUCACCUAAAUACACGAUAGCUUAUUAAAUUAAAAUCAGCUUCCUGAACAUAUCUUUUCGUCGACUCUUGUUUACUUGCAUAUCCCCAAGAUGGAGUUCUGAUUUUUUAGCGUGACUGGGCAGGGACUUGACAGACCUCAUUUGGUAUUGGAAUGACAUUGUUCAUUCUUUUUUGUGGCUUUGAUGUGUUCCAGUCUUCUUAAGAACCUCAUCCUCACUUUUUUGGGAGGAUGGGAUUGGGAAUGGGAUUGCUGUGGCUGCCAUUAGGUUACAUUAAGUACGAAACUGAAAGAAUUUCUUCUCACU